AUGUCUGGGAUCCAAUCGUUGUUGAAGACAGAAAAGGAGGCGGCGGAAAUCGUCAACGAGGCGAGAAAGUACCGUACCGCCCGGCUCAAGUCGGCGAAGCUGGACGCGCAGAAGGAAAUUGACGAAUACAAGAAAGUCAAGGAAGGCGAAGUCACCGCCUACGAACAGCAGCACCUGGGGCUCAACGAGCUGACGAAGCAAAAGGCCGAUGAGAGCGUGCAAAAGGAAUUGGACGCCAUUCAAGCCCACUACAAGGAUCACAAGGAUAAGGUGGUGGAAAUGCUUAUUGAAGCCGUCACCACCCCCAAGCCGGAAAAGCACGAAAACGCUUAG